CAAGAUCUACCUGAAGAAGGUGGAAGAAUUUUCUAGAGAAAGAUAAACAAUGGCAGUGAAGGUUUAUGGUCCCUCCUGUGCUGCAGCCAAACGGGUGCUGGUUGUUCUGAUUGUGAAGGCAAUCGAAUUUGAGGUUGUCCCUGUUGAUGUCUUCAAAGGGGAACAUAAGGAUCCUGAGUACCUCAAAUUACAGCCCUUUGGAGUUGUUCCUGUCAUUAAGGAUGGAGAUUACACCUUAUACGAAUCUCGGGCCAUAAUGAGGUACUAUGCAGAAAAAUACAGGUCCCAAGGGAUUGAUUUACUUGGAAAGACUAUAGAAGAGAGGGGUCUUGUGGAACAAUGGUUAGAAGUUGAAGCACAUAACUUUCACCCACCAGCAUAUGACUUGACUAUUCAUAUUUUGGUUCCUCAGCUAGCUGGUAUCACUCCAGAUCAAAAGGUGAUUGAAGAGAGUGAAGCAAAGCUGGUGAAUGUGUUGAACAUUUAUGAGGAGAGGUUGUCAAAGAGCAAGUAUUUGGCUGGGGAUUUCUUCAGCCUUGCUGAUAUAAGCCACCUUCCAUUCACUGAUUAUAUUGUGAACAACAUGGGGAAAGAGCACUUGAUCAAGGAGAGGAAACAUGUUAGUGCUUGGUGGGAUGACAUAAGCAAUAGACCCUCAUGGAAGAAGGUUCUUGAGUUAUACAAAGCUCCAGUCUAGUUGCUCAAAGAAUUUCUGGGAAAUUUCAAUUAGUAUCAUCUUAAUUUGUGGUUGUUAGCAAAGAAUAAAUGUGUUAUUUUAUAAAUAAAUUCCAGGGGAAAUGAAGGAUUUGGGAACCAAGUGGAUUAUUUUCAACCUGAAGUCGUGGAGUGUGUUGAAUUUGUUCCUUGGCUCCUUUCACUUUCAUCUGUGUUGAAUUUAGGGGCGUUCAUGCUAUUUGAUUAAUUGUUGCACUUUUUAUCUGAACUGAUAAGAAUAUAUAUGGUACAAGUUUUUUUUAAA